AUGCAGAUCUUCGUGAAGACGCUGACGGGCAAAACCAUCACGCUCGACGUUGAAGCUUCGGAUACGAUCGACAACGUGAAAGCCAAGAUCCAGGACAAGGAGGGCAUUCCCCCCGACCAGCAACGCCUCAUCUUCGCCGGCAAGCAGCUGGAAGACGGCCGCACGCUCAGCGACUACAACAUCCAAAAGGAGUCCACGCUCCAUCUGGUCCUGCGCCUGCGCGGUGGGGUGAUUGAGCCGUCGCUGGCGGUGCUGGCGCGCAAGUACAACUGCGACAAGAUGAUUUGCCGGAAGUGCUACGCGCGCCUGCCAGCGCGCGCCGUGAACUGCCGCAAGAAGAAGUGCGGCCACACCAACUACCUGCGCCCGAAGAAGAAGCUGAAGUGA